AUGUCUCCUCAAACCAUUUCUCAGUCAAGCAGUACCGUGCCAAUUGUGCUUGGUAACAGUGAUGAGAGCCCAAGACCCACUCUUGCUCCCACUGACAGUUCCCCUCAGUGGCUCAAAGACUUCCAUGCCAAGGGAUGGACUGUCGUCCGUGAGGCCGUGCCCAAAGAAAAGGCCCUCGAGUAUGCCGAUCGCGGCUAUGAUUGGCUCGAAAGCUGGAAUCUUGGCUUUGACCGCAAGGACCCUUCCACGCGAAAGGCUGAGUUUCUUCCUUGGCACACUCGUGGUGGCCUAUACUUCCGGUACGGCAUCACUCACGAACAGUUUGUCUGGGACCUGAAAUCCGAGCCCGGGCUGAUUGACAAGUUUGCGCAGCUCUGGAAAACGCAGCAGUUGCUUGUGUCAUAUGACGGCAUCAACUUGUCCAUUCCGGAAAAAGAGCGCCCCAAAACUGAUGCCAUCUUCACUCCCUGGUCUCAUGUCGAUCAGUCUCCUCUGAAAACCACUUUUGACUGCGUUCAGGGCAUUUUGAAUCUGCUCCCCAAUGGCCCAGAAGACGGUGGUCUGAUGGUCUUGGACGGGUCUAGUGCCCAUUACUCAGAGCUGUGGGAGCACUUUGAUCACAAAAAGGGAGAGGGUUGGAAUGAGCGGGCAUGGCAAGCUGUCGACGAGGAAAUGUGCAAAUGGCUGGAGUCAAAGGGCUGUAAAUGGAUCAAAGUUUGCGCGGAUCCCGGUGACCUGAUGCUUUGGGACUCGAGAACUAUUCACUACGGCGCGCCACCCUCUUCCACCAAUCCCCGCUUCGCUGCAUACGUCUGCUACAAGCCCAGCUACCUAGUUCCAGAAGAAGCCAAGAAGAGUCUGAAGGAAUGCUGGGAUAACAAAUGGUGCACCACGCAUGAUCCAUCAAGCUUCCGCUGCAAGACCCGCCCACCUCCGGAAGACCAUCCUUCUUUUGAGGCAGCGAGCAAGAGGCCUAUCCAAGAACCAGUGCUAUCCAAACGAGCCCGGCAGUUGGCAGGAUUGGAGCUUUACUAG